AUGGAGAACCCCAAACCAGCCUGCUCAAGCUUCAUAAUUAGCUUGCUCUUCUACGUGUGCUACUUCUUCUACUUCGGAUUGUACAGCUUUGAAAUCAUUUUUAUGGUCUCCGCCAAAAAGGACUAUGUCAUGCUCUUCAUCCUGCUAAUCACGACCAUACUGUCUAUCUCCUUGGCCUCCACCGGAUUAAUGUACACGUCCUUCUUUCUAGUGAUCGUCAUGUCUUUAGUGGAAAUGUACGAAUACAAAAACUCUUCGUUUGUAAAUGCAAUGGAUGAUGAGUUUAGCAAACUGUUUUUAAUUGUUCGAUUAUUUGCUACCGUUAAUUUCCUGCUAUUCUACUACUUGCACAUAAACAACCUCAAGAGGAAGAAGCGGAUGGACUUGGCCAAGUCCAAGUCAACUGAGAAGAAGACACAGACACAGACACAAACGGUGCAUGAAAGGAACUCACCAGAAUAUAAAAAUGACGAUUUGAGACAUGGCGCCGUACUGCCUGUUGGUGGAAAGUUAAUCCAAGAAGUUGUUACGCCCACACACAUGCACACACAUAAGCACACGCAAGAUAAUGACGACCCAUCGAAGAAAACACAAGUGAUAGAAGGCUAUAUAUUAAAACAUGUGACCAUUCCGAUUAUAGAAAAGGAUGAUAGGUCUCCUCUUCCUGCACUGUCCAAUCAACAGAGUAAAGUGUUUGAAGUCCCCCCGCACCAUCUUCCAUACAGCCACUACAGCGUCAAAAGUGUAGAUAAUAAUGCACACGGGUUGGGAGCUAAUCAGCCACUGAGUGGUGGCACCUUUGUUGAUGACAGCUUGGACGAGACCUACAGAAGGCAGUAUACCUCCCCGUGGGUAGUGCCCACCAUCACCUCCACGAACAACAACAACAACAACAACAGCUUGUAUGGAAACGGCGUUUCUUUCGCAGGGGCGGAGAGUCAACAUUUGAAUAGAACCCCCUACGGAAAUGCAACUGCUAACGCUUGCUAUAAUGGCGGCUUGAACGCGUACCCUGCGAAUAGGUUGCCAGACGAUAGGGAACCAUACCAAGUUGGGCCUCACCAGAUGGGGGCCUACCAAUCGGGAGCAUACCAAUCGGGAGCGUACCAAUCGGGAGCAUACCAAACGGGGGGUUACCAGAAAGGGGCUUACCAAGCGGGGGCAUAA